UUUCUUAGUUUUAAAAGAAUGGAUAGUGAGGAGGAGGAGUGUUGUGGUUCAGGUUGUAACAAUUGUGUGUUAGAUAGCAAAAUUAAGAAGAAUCAAUCAGAAUUACCGGAGAAUUACACUAAUAUUUUCAAUGGGAAUUACGUGAAUUUCUCAGUGGAAAGCAUCAAAAAAGUAGCAACAAGUGUUUAUUUAAUCAAUUUCCGGUGGCAGUCAGAAGGAUUGACUGAAAAUCUGAUACUAAAAAUCCCUCCAGGAUGGUACCUUCAACUCAGAAUCAAGGCUGGUUCCAUACGGAAAGAUAAGAAUGUCAUUUUCAAAGACUUCAACACAUUCGAAGAUCCUGAAGAAUUUCUAGCGAAAUUAGAGGGUCAGGCUAAACAUGAUAAAGAUACUUCCAAGGAAUACCUGAGCCGGCCUUAUACACCAAUUAAUACUGAUGCCAGGAAUCUCUCCUUUGAUAUCCUUUUCAAACUCGAAAACUUCGGAAAGAUGUCUCAAUUGAUAGCUAAAUUAAAAAUUGGGGAUGAAAUUGAGUUCAAAGGACCCUACGGAGAAUUAGUUUACCAUCGGAAUACCUUUAGGAACUUGUACCUAUUUAGUCAUGGAGUUGCAGUUGCACCCUUAUACAGCCUUAUAUCCUCAAUUGUAAGUGACGAGAGCGAUGAAACCUUCAUUCACCUUAUUGCAUGUUACCAAAAUAUCAAUGAAAUACUCCUUCGGGAUGAAGUACAGAAUUUGCGGCAAUUUUGGAAUUUCAAUGCGUCAAUAUAUCUGGCACACGAAACAACUGACAUUGAGGGUCAGGUUAAAUUUCGUGAGAAUAUUUACAGGAAGAGGCUACAGCAUGAUAACAUCGAUAAAAUAAUUCAAUUUAGAGAUAAAACAUCAUAUUUUCUUAUUUGUGGUACAGAAAAAUUCACAGGAGAAAUUUGCACGACUUUAACACACUUAGGCAUAGAUCAAGAUAAUAUUUUUGUAUUUAGGUAAAUAAAUUUUGUA